AUGUCCGUGGGCAAGCUUCUGAACCCGCCGGACGAGAGCACAACUGCAGAAGAUCCCACAGAUGACGACUCUGUGGAGUUGGCGACCAAGAACUGGCUGUAG